CUGCUCAGGGCCAACUGCUGAGACCGCACAAGCAGCCAGCCAUCUCUCCGGGACCCCAGCCAGAGCUGGGGCUGGCGCUCAGAGGAGGAGGCCCCAGCUGUUGGGGAGCACCCUGUCUGCCUGGAGGGGCAGGACUCCCCAGGCUGAUCAAUAAGGAGAAGGAAGAGGUACAGAAGGGACAGGUCAAGAGAACGCCUGGUGGAGGUGGGGCUGGAGCCAAGCCCUGCGGGCCAGUGGCUUUUUUCCUCUUGUUUGGGGGUCAAAGGAGAAGGGCUGGAGAAUGUCGACCCAGACAACAGGGAACCAGACCAGCCCUGGGGCCACAGACGAGGACGCCUACGGCAGCUGGUACAUUGAUGAGCCCCAGGACGGGCAGGAGCUCCCGCCGGAGGGGGUGGUGCCUACCUGCCACCCAAGUGUGCCUCCAGGCCUCUACCACGCCUGCCUGGCUGUGCUGUCGAUCCUUGUGCUGCUGCUGCUGGCCAUGCUGGUGCGGCGCCGCCAGCUCUGGCCCCAGUGUGUGCACGGCCGGCCCGGACUGCCCAGCCCGGUGGAUUUCCUGGCUGGGGACAGGCCCCGGAGCGUGCCUGCUGCUGUCUUCGUGGUCCUCUUCACUUCCCUGUGUUUGCUGCUCCCGGCCGAGGACCCACUGCCCUUCCUGACCCUCGGCUCACCACCCGGCCAAGAUGGGGAAACUGAGACUCCAAGAGGGCCGUGGAAGAUGCUGGCCCUGCUCUAUUACCCUGCCCUCUACUAUCCCCUGGCUGCCUGUGCCACAGUCAGGCAUGGAGCUGCACACCUGCUCGGCAGCAUGCUGUCCUGGGCUCACUUGGGGGUCCAGGUCUGGCAGAGGGCAGAGUGCCCCGAGUCGGCCAAGAUCUACAAGUACUACUCCCUGCUGGCCUCUCUGCCUCUCCUUCUGGGCCUCGGAUUCCUGAGUCUUUGGUACCCGGUGCAGCUGAUGAGAAGCUUCAGUCCUGGGGCGGCAGCAGACUCCGAGGGGCUUCAGAGCAGCUACUCUGAGGAAUAUUUGAGGAUGCUCCUUUGCCAGAAGAAGCUGAAAAGCAGGCUCGGGGCAGGGGCUUCUCCUGAGGGCUCCCACCUGCCUGGGUCUUUCUGCAGCUCCCACAUCUCCAAGCACGGCUUCCUGUCCCGGACCUGGAUCCACUUCAGAUGCUACAUCUACACACCACAGCGAGGAUUCCGACUCCCCCUGAAGCUGGUGCUUUCAGUCACCCUGACAGUGUCAGCCAUCUACCAGGUGGCCCUGCUGCUGCUGGUGGGCGUGAUACCCACCAUCCAGAAGGUGAGGGCGGGGAUCACCACGGACGUCUCCUACCUGCUGGCCGGCUUUGGGAUCGUGCUCUCAGAGGACAGGCAGGAGGUGGUGGAGCUGGUGAAGCACCACCUGUGGGCUCUGGAAGUUUGCUACAUCUCGGCCUUGGUCCUGUCUUGCUUACUUACCUUCCUCAUGCUGAUCCGCUCGCUGGUGACACACAGGGCCAACCUGCAAGCUCUGCACCGAGGGGGCGCCCUGGACCUGGGCUCCCUGCCCCAGAGCCCCCACCCCUCCCGCCAGGCUGUGUUCUGUUGGAUGAGCUUCACUGCCUACCAGACAGCAUUUACCUGCCUUGGGCUCCUGGUGCAGCAGGUCCUCUUCUUCCUGGGGACCUUGGCCCUCGCAUUCCUGGUGUUCAUGCCUGUGCUCCACGGCAGGAACCUUCUGCUCCUUCGAUCCCUGAAGACCUCGUGGCCCUUCUGGCUGACCUUGACCCUGGCUGUGACCCUGCAGAACAUGGCAGCCCACUGGGUCUUCCUGGAGACUCACCAUGGACGCCCAGAGCUGAGCAACCGGCGAGCUCUCUGUGCAGCCACCUUCCUUCUCUUCCCCAUCAACGUGCUGGUGGGCGCCAUGGUGGCUGGCUGGCGAGUGCUCCUCUCCGCCCUCUACAACGCCGUCCACCUUGGCCAAAUGGACCUCAGCCUGCUGCCACCUAGAGCUGCCUCUCUCGACCCCGGCUACCACACGUACUGCAACUUCUUGAAGAUGGAGGUCAGCCAGUCACACCCAGCCUUGACAGCCUUCUGUGCCCUGCUCCUGCAAGCCCGGAGGUCCCGGCCCCGCACGGCCCCCCAGGAUGGCCUCAGGCUGGGAGAGGAAGAGGAAGGGAUGCAGUUGCUGCAGACCAAGGACCCAGUGGCCAAGGGAGCAGGGCCCAGGGCCCGCAGAGGCAGGGCCCGCUGGGGUCUGGCAUACACGCUGCUGCACAACCCAGCCCUGCAGGCCUUCCGGAAGACAGCCCUAUCAGGUGCCCGGGCCAACGGGGCCCAGCCCUGAGGGUGGGGAAGCCCACCCCACAUGUCACUGCUUGUGCUGGGGUGCUUCCCCUCCUCCCAGCCCACUCCCUCCCAGCUGUGCCAACAUCAUCACCCCAGCCAUGGCAGCCUCUCUGCUUGGCACCAGUUCUGCCAGCAGGUCCUGGGAGUUUAGGGCCGGCCCAGGUUCGCUGUGAUUGAGUAGAGGUCUGUUGGCACCAUGAGCCUUGGGAGGCUCUGGUCUGCUGCCCUGACUUCGGGAAGCCAGUGAGGGCUCUGGAGAAAGCAACGAGUGGUUUAGGCCCUUGGUCCAGGAGCCAGUGGAAGUGGAGCAACCACAUCCAGGGCCCUCCUCACACUGGCUCUGCCGCCAGUCUCCAGGCUUCACGGAGGCCUUCUCCUGACCGGAGUUGGUGAUGCAGGCCAGGACAGCCUAGCAUUCCAGCUCUGCCCAUCAGCCUUGGACCUCACCGCCAUGACCAGACACAGCGCUUCCUCCCUCCUGCGGCUUUCCGCCUCCUCCGGGGGGUCUCGUGGCCUGCAGGGGGAAGCCACGGGCUUCUACCCAGCCGCAAAGGCACAGCUCAAACCAGGCCCCACACUGAGCUGCCCACACUUGAGGGCCUGAUAUUUUUGUAGUUGGGAUGCCUUUAGAUGUUAUGAAAGAGGUUAGUGUGUUCCCCGUAAUAAACUUGUUCCUAAGAAA